AUAACUAUUUCAGUAUUUCGUUACGUCUUAUUUGAUUGGGAAAUACUAUGUUUCGUUUCGUUACACUCUUUGCUUUAAUAAGCUGUGCAUUCGCAAGCACCUUGCCGGAAGAAUUUGAUGGACGUAUUGUAAAUGGCGAGGACGCAACAAUAGAGGAAUUUCCAUAUCAAGUGUCUCUACAAAAGACUUCGGGUGGACAUUUCUGUGGCGGUUCAAUUAUAAAUGAGGACACUGUAGUCACAGCUGCACAUUGCAUGACAAGUCAGGUUAUUUCAAAUCUUAAAAUACGUUUGGGUUCAACUCUCUACAACGAAGGUGGUGAAUAUGUUUCGGUAAGGGCAUUCGAAUAUCAUCCAGGAUAUAAUUCUAAAACUAAGGAAAAUGAUAUUGCCGUCAUUAAAUUGGCCACACCUGUACGAGAGUCAGCAAAAAUUCGUUAUAUUGCGCUAGCUGAAACAACACCAGCAACUGGUACUGCUGCGGUUGUGACUGGUUGGGGCGUUAAAUGCUUCCUCUGGUGCAUUUCUUCUCCUACGACUUUGCAAGCAGUUAAAGUUGGCAUUGUUAGUGAAAAGGAUUGUGCUUCGAAAGAAUAUAAUUAUGGUUCAUCGAUUUUGCCAACAAUGGUUUGUGCUUACGAUGAUGAUAAGGACGCUUGUCAAGGCGAUUCAGGUGGUCCAUUGGUUGCAGAUGGUGUAUUGGUUGGUGUUGUGUCAUGGGGUAAUGGUUGCGCUAAAAGUGGUUAUCCUGGUGUUUACAGUGAUGUGCCAUCUUUACGUGCUUGGGUCGAAGCAACCGCAAAAACUUUGUAAAGAAUAAAUUAAAUUUAAAGUA